AUGGAAACUCUCACAGCUUGCGCUGAUUACUGCAUAAUGGCUGCUGGGAACAGAAGAAAAAAGGAUCCUCUCUGUCGUUCUUUCACCUAUAAUAUUCCACGAAAAACAUGUCGCCUAUAUGAUCAUGAUGGAAUGAAGAGCACCGCUACCAUUGAAACGGAAAGAUCAAGUAUACCUUAUUGGAAUCGUAAUAUUCCGAAAGAAAUAGUCGAUGCACCCAGUAGAAACCUUCAAGUUCUUCAGAAGAAGGCAACAAAAGAACUUAAUACGAUAGAAAAGAGCACUGAAGAAGUAAUUACUAGCGAAAGUUGUCUUACGAAUAAUGCUUACUAUGUUGUGAUUGGAAAUGAAAUUGUUAGACCAAUUUCGAAUGGAGGUGAAGUAAAGGUAUACAACGAUGUCGAUCAGGGAAACUGCGCCAAUUUUUGCAGCAAUAAUCAGGGACCAGAUCAGGAACAACUCAUCUGCAAUUCUCUCAACUACUUCCCAAUUUCUCGAAAAUGUGAGCUGUAUAGUAUUCUGGCUGAACCGCAUGGUCCUGGAAGUUUGGUCGAGAACCAAGAUGUGAUUUACGCUGAGAAGUUUUGUUUACCAGAAACAACACAAAGGUGUCAAAAUGACGAAAUUUUCAUUCUUCACGUCCAAAAGAGUUUAUCUGGUAUCCCAAUCCAUCAGACAACGUCAAACAGCAUCACAUCGUGCCUGCGGUCUUGUCUCAACGCUUAUGCUUGCAAGACAGCUGUGUUCGAUUCCACAAAACAGCAAUGCCAUUUAUACAAGGAGGGCGUCUCAGCCUCUGAUAGAGAUGUCGUUGACACUCCCCCAGGUUUCGUGAUGAUUGAGAAUGGCUGUGCCGAACGUGGGGGAUCGGGAAGCAAAGCUCGAGCUGCUAAAACUUUAGAGACAGACACAUCCUCUGAAUGGUCGGGCUGUAAUUUCCGUAUUAAUGGAGUAAGAGUCAAGGCCGCAUUUACGAUCGACUUCCCAUUAAUUGGCAUUGUCUCCGUUUUUGUUCCCUGA